GCCAGGGGCGACCUGCUGGUGUAGAACUGUCGGUCUAAGACAUUUUGGGUUGAGGAAGGGAGGGAAGCCGCCGCUCACGUGGUGUGGCGGGGUCCGCUGCAAUUGUGAAAACCUCGUUGCUGGGAGGCGGCUAGGCUUUAUGACGUGAUCUCCAGUUGGAAAGUCAUUGCCUCAGGAAGACAAGACACCCUGAAGUCAUGUUGGGUGUGGACAAUAAAUGCAUGUUACUAGGUGGCACUGCAGUCCUCAUGUAUUUUAUGUGGAUGGACAUAGCUCUGUGGUAUCACCUUCAGGCGCUGAAGCCCAACGAGGUGGUCAGCGCCGCCAGUCCCAGCAUAUCGUUCUCGAUGUUCCACCCCAUCACGGUGAAGCUGCUGCUGACGGAUCCAACCAACCACUACAUCUUCACGCCGGCCUGUCACGUGUUCACACAGGUGACUCGCUUCACCGAGGUAUGUUCGUGGGUGACGCCCAACAUGAUCAGCGUGCUGCGGUUAGUGGUGGUGCUGCCGGCGAUGCGCCUCCUCCUCUCCGAGUCAGCCGCGCUCCGGCAGGCGGGCAUCCUCGUCGUGCUCCUUGGCGAGUGGAUGGACGCGCUGGACGGCUUCGUGGCGCGUCUGCGCUCCUCCAGCCAGGCGGUGACCUCGGAAGUCGGUACGCUCGGCUAUUACAUGGACGGCGUGUGCGACGGCAUCAGCUGCGCCAUGCUGAUGCUGACGUGCCUGGCGUACUUGCGCCGCCACCCUCCGCGCCAGAGUGACCUCUCCCUUCAGCUGCCCGUCAUCUGCUCCAAGGUGGAGCCGCGCCCAUCGGAGUCCAAAGAGGCUCUUUUGGGCGGCGGCGGCGGCGGCGGCUCCUCGACUGGGCCCCGGCUGCCGGUACCGCCCCGCCUUCUGCUGAUCAACAUACUGCUCUUCUCCGGCCAGCUGCUGUUGACGUCUGUCGGCUGGAACCACGCCGUCACCGGCUACCAGCGCGAGCUGCAGAACGCCGACGGCUCGCACACGGCCCGGCAGCUGACUGUGUUGAAGGCGUCUACCACCUGGAUUCUAAUGUGGUUCUGGCGGGUGGCCUGCUUCCACUCUAUGCUGCACUGUUUCAUAAUCGCCGUCUUGUUCAACAAGAUGUGGGAAUUUAUCAUUGCAGUGCGUUACAUCGGUUAUGUCGCGCUGCUGGCCCUGAUCAUCCUCAACGAAGUCCACCUACAGACCAUCGUGCUAUACUUCUAGUGACGUCGGCGGCCGCUGGGCGGCCUCGGCAGCUCCUAGUCGCCUGUCAUGUCACGGCUGCUCUUGCGCCCGACACGCGCCGGUCCAGGGCUGUGCUGCCGUCCGGCUGGGGCGCAGCGGCCGGCUGGGAAGGGUUACAUUGAUGCUCCGAGCCGCUCGUUCCCCGCCAUCCGGCGAACGGCGACCGGUAGCGGCCCGCGCCUGCCUCAACCUCGCCUGGACGGCUGAUACACCGCGCCUGGCGCCGCCUGGAUAUCAGCGGUAGUCAAGGUCCGCCUCAUGGCCGCAUUCAGCCGUGUUUCGGUAGAUGUCGUUCGAGCUUGUUUGCUCGAGUUGUUAUCGAGGUGCAGGGUUUGAGGUGAGGGAACUGUUGAAAUUUUGGGCUCCUGUUGAUAUGCAGGACUGCAUCCAGUGCCAGAUCUGACCGAGAUUGUCGCGGUGCCGGAGGUGACUGCAGCCAUGCGCGACUUGCGCUUGGACAUGAUGGCCCUUGUUUCAGUUUUGAAAAAACAAUCUGGUUAAUGUGCCAGCAUUAAUCUAAGGUGCAGAUAUGUUCCCGGCAUUCCGUCUUUGUAGUUAAGCCGACAAUCGAAACGCUUAUCUGUCGUCUGUUUUUGUCUGAUGCCCUGACGAACAAACUGGGAUCGGCGUUAAUAAGCGGCUUAUGCACCAGGUGACUAAUCCACCAAAUGCGUGUAUCUCGUCUAUCGUGGUUCAAAAUAUCACAGAUGUGCGUCCAUCGAGACCCCAGCACGCCCGCGAGCUGGAAAGUUGAUACCAUGUAGCAUCUGGUGCCGGAAUGCGUUUAUGCACGAGGGAAGCACUCCGCUAUUUGUGGGUGCUGUACUACUGGAGUGUGCAUGGCGUGCUGCUAGUGUGAUAUCUCCAUCUAUUGGAGGUUUGCUGUGAUUUUAUGCACAUCUAUGUUUCCUCAGUUCGUGUUGCUUUUGGCGGUGUUUUAUUGGGGAUGGAGCAAUCACUGUUGUGAUUUAAUUUGUCUUCGGUUCGUAACGCAAGCUGCAUCAUGGAGAGCAAGCCAGAGUAGUCAACUGCAUCAUUCGUGCAUGAGUGGGUGUAGGUUAGGCAGAGUUUGCAGGAUUCACUCCUAUUAAGAUUGACUACGUUGGUGAGCGAUGGUCGGUCGCGAGUUACUGGCGCGUGGUUGUGUAGUGAGAAUACCCUAUUUGUUCUCUCACGACUUGCCUUGUGUGCAGUGGCCUACGUUACUACCGUAGCGGUCCAACGGUCAGUGACAGCGCACGUGCCGUUUCGCCAUCGUUAUGCAUUGCCGCAAAAUCGGGGCUUAUGACUGACGUCUUAUUUCUGUUUGUUAGAAUCGUGGCGUCCAUUUGUUGCGUUUUAGGCAGAUGGAACCGUAGUGGUGCGCGGCCAUUCCAGUCCGUUUGUAUUAUGUAUGUCACUAAAGUGAAAGACAGCCAUAGAUGGGGAUGUUUGGAAUUCAUAGCGUAGACAACUGUCUAACUGCGAUCAGCACAAAAAAAAAACACGCGCCCGCAGACUGUACCGCCUUGCAAAUGCAUUCGCGUGGUUUUUCGCAUCAUGUCCGCGAUGCGACUGGGACACAGUGGCCUGCGCGCUGCCCCACGUCGUGCGGUGCGCGGCCGGACAGUAGGGACGGCGCCCGACGGCUCGCCAGUGUGGCGGUCGUGCCCCGGCCGAGUGUGCUGAACACUGCACGCCGUCGCCUUGAGUCGGAGUCUUCAUUGGUCCGGCCUGUAACGUUUGGUAAUUGAGAAUACAACUGUU